GAUCGACUCGUCAGGCUUGUUGAUUUUCAAGAUGGCGCCGCUCACAUCUCCCACACGUGAAUUGUUCAGUGAGGCAGUUCGGGCUGUUUUGGAAACGUGGCCGGUGCUGCAAAUCGCGGUCGAUAAUGGUUUUGGUGGAGCUUAUAGUCAGCAGAAAGCGGAGUGGAUGGUGGACGCGCUUCAGCAGUAUUUCAACGACAACGAUGAGCUGAUGCAGGACGAAGUGGAGGAUUUCAUCUCACACCUCAUGAACAAUGAAUUCGACACGAUGGUGGAUGAUGGCAGCUUGCCUCAGGUGGCACAGAAGGUGUGUGUGAUGUUCCAGCAGUGUCAGCAGGGCAAACUGACGGAUGUCAGAGAGCAGAUCAACCAGCUGAUUCUGAAGAAGAGCGCCGGGAGGGCAAAGGCCACACCUGCCAAAACACCUGAUGAUGAUGAUGAUGAUGACGAGUGUGAAGAUGAAGAGGCUAUGGAUUGUGCUGGAGGUGCAGAGGGACCGUCAGUCAGCAGCACAGCUGUGAUGGAGCAGCUUCCACAGGACACCAGUCACCAGGAACAAGAUGAUGGAUGGACACUUGUAUGUAGGAAGAAGUAAUUGGACUGAUGAAUUUCUUAAUUUAAAAGACAUUUUAAGGGCCUCUUCUACUCUGGAUACUUCUCCAUUUGCAACUGCAACAAACUCAUGAAACCUACACUAUCAGGCAUCUGAUGUUUAGACGGAUCGAUACGGAUGGAUUACCACACUGGACCUCUUAGGGUUUCUUUCAUAAAUUAGUCAGGACUGUUUUUCCCGUGUUUUUCAUGUGUGUAUGACUUGUACGGGUCUGCUUUUGUUACCACGACUCUCAAAUUUUCUCUUUGACUUAGUUUUUAAUACCCUAAUUUAUUUACAAUUUGUAGGUUAAUGCAUGCAAUGGUCCUUUAUCGCCCCCUUCUGUCACUGCAGUAUCUCUGCAACUGUAAAAUGCAGUGCUGGAUUUUCCAGCUAUGUCCUGUUUGAUUUUUUAUUUUUAUUUUUUU